GGUCCCCCGGUCCCCCGGGGCUGAGCGAGGGAGGGCGAGGUGGGAUGCGGGCCGGGAGCCCGGGACGCCGGGGGCCGUGAGCCGAGGGGCGCCGGGGGACCGAGGGGGGGCCCCGAGGAGAGGAGAGAGAGGAGGGGGGAGCGGGCCCGGGAUGCCGAGGCCCAAGAAGAGCCCCCAGGCAAGGGGCCGAGGAGUCGCGGCGGCCAAGCAGCUCGGGCUCUUCGUGGACCUGAAGCCCGAGGAGCUGCUCCUGGGAGCGGAGGACGACGAGGACGGUGAGGACGACGACCUGGAGGCCGAGCUCCUGGCCAUUACUGGGGAAGACAGACCCCCCCGGAGCCGGCACGGAUCCCCGCCGGCCAAGGGGCCCCUCCCCAUGGAGCACAUUGAGAAGCUGGCGGAGGCCUGCAUGAGGGACCCCGAUGAGGAGACAGAAGAGGAAGGCCUGGAGGAGGACUCGGACCUGCUUGCGGAGCUGCAGGAAGUGCUGGGGGAAGAAGCGCCGGGGGAAGAAGAGGUGUCAGGGAGCACGGAGGGAGAGGCAGCCCCCAGCUCAGCCCGCCCGGGGAACCAGGUUUCGCCGGCGGGCAGCGGCGGGCCGCUGGGGCUGCUGGAGGAGCGGAGGGCCGCCUACCGGGAGGCCGUGCAGAAUGCCAGGGAAGCAGGCGAGGCCGCCAGGCUGCGGCGCUACCAGCGUGGCCUAAAGACCCUGGAGACGCUGUUAGCCGCCGUGAGGAAGGGUGAAGACAUCAGUGAAGAUGAGAUCCCUCCCGCCGUGGCCACGGGGAAGAGGAUGGUUCCACCGCCUGCGCCGGCGGCCCCAGUAGCAGCCGGUCCGGCCCCGGCCCCCAGUCCCGGCCCCCGGGACUGCUCCGCCGGGGUCGGGCCCCCGCCGCCGUCGGGGACCCGAGCCCUGCUGCAAGAGCGCCAGGCACAGUACCGGGCCGCGGCCCUGGCAGCCAAGCAGCGCGGGGACCUGGAGCAGGCGCGGGCCUUCCUCACCAUCGGCAAGAGGUUCGGGGCUGUGCUGGACGCCCUAGAGCAGGGACUGCCGGUGGACUUGAGCGCCGUGCCACCGCCGCCACUGGACCCCAGAAGCCCAGGGGAUACCCCGCCCCCCACCCCCGGCCUGGAGCACUCACAGCCGGUGACCGCGUCCAGAGCCCCAGCCCCCGUGUCCGCGUCGGUGCUGGAGGCCCUGGAGCAGAGGCAGGAGCGCUACCGCGUGGCAGCGGAGCAGGCCCGGGCCGCCGGGCAGGAGCGCAAGGCCCGGAUGCACGACAGAAUCGUCCAGCAAUACCAGGGCGCCAUCAAGGCCCAUAAAGCUGGCAGAAAAGUGAAUUUUGCGGAAUUGCCGGUCCCACCCGGAUUCCCCCCGAUCCCUGGCUCCGAGCCCCCCGACUCCACCGAGGAGAACAACAUUAAACAACAGGCCGGACCCAGCGCCCCCCAGGAGGAGCAGGAAGAGGCGCCUCCUACAGCGGCCCCCACGGCCAAGGGAGCGGGCCGGCCGGCCCACCCGUCGCCCCCCGCCAGGAGCCCCCCGGAGGUGUCGGUGCCCGCAGGAUCCGGACAGCGUCCGGGGCAGUGCCCGGCGGGGGCCGCGCGGACCCAGCAGAGCGGCCACGUGGAGCCGGCGGGGCCGGGGGCAGCCGAGGCCCCCGAGGGCGGCGGCGGCGGCGGCGGCGGCGCCAAGGCGGCUUCCCCGUCGACAGACGACGACGACGACGACGACUUCAUCCUCGUGCACCACGCCGACGUGCGGCUCUGUCAGGCGGAGGACGUCUUCGCUCAACUGCUGAGGCUGCUGCGGGAACAGCAGCAGCGCUGCUUGCUCUACUCCACCCAGUUCAUGCACUUGGGCAACGUGGAGGAGACCACCCGGUUCGAGAAGUUGGCCCAGGAUGCCGAGACGCAGGUGGAGAUGGUGCAGCUGGCCCGGGCUCAGGGCCGGCCCCCGCCCCGCCACCGCUUCGAGGAGAGGACCUUCCGCACCGUGAGGAUCUUCUCGGAGCUCAACAGCACGGAGAUGCACUUGCUGGUCGUGCGGGGCCUCAACCUCCCCGCUCCUCCAGGGGUGAGGCCCGAUGACUUGGACGCGUUUGUGCGGUUCGAGUUCCCCUACCCCAGUGCGGACCAGGCUCAGAGAAACAAAACCGCCGUCGUGAAGAACACCAACUGCCCAGAGUUCGACCAGCUUUUCAAGCUGAGCAUCAACCGCAACCAUCGCAGCCUCCGUCGGGCCAUCCAGGCCAAAGGACUCAAGUUUGAAAUCUUCCACAAAGGGUCAUUCUUCCGAAGCGACAGGUCGGUGGGAACGGCCCACCUGAAGCUGGAGAAACUGGAGUCGCUCUGCGAGGUCCGGGAGAUUAUGGAGGUCCUGGACGGCCGCAGACCAACCGGAGGGAAGCUGGAGGUGAGAGUGAGGCUGCGGGAGCCCCUGAGCGGGCAGGACGUCCAGACGGUCACUGACAACUGGCUGGUCUUGGAGUCCCAGGGCCCCUGAGGGUCCCGCCACCCCACCCGGCGCCCGAGACGCGCUGACCCGCGGAGGCCAGGGCGGGACGGGGCCGGAUCGGAUGGCCUCACCUCUCCCCAGCCUCAAGCUGCUCCCCUGAUGCUCCCGCCCCCCGCCAUCUGCCUCCCGAGGCGUUGGGGAUGAUGGGAGGGGUGGAUGACCGCUCACUGGGCGCCUUCUCCCUCCCCCGCCAAAUCUGUGCCUUCGUCGCUGACCACCCGCCGCCGGGCCCCCGGAUGGAAGAGCAGAGGAGGAGCCCGGCUCCCCGCCCGGCCCACACCG